UCGCCGCCGCCAUGGCCACAAACACCCGUCCCCUCGUGUCAGUGAAGGCCCUGGAGGGCGACAUGGCCACCGACACCGCCGGCCUCGCCCUCGCCGAGGUCUUCCGCGCGCCGAUCCGCCCCGACAUCGUCCGCUUCGCCCACAGGCUGCUCUCCUGCAACAAGCGCCAGCCCUACGCCGUCUCCCCCAAGGCCGGACACCAGACCUCGGCCGAGUCCUGGGGCACGGGCCGUGCGGUCUCCCGUAUCCCCCGUGUGCCCGGAGGCGGAACCCACCGCGCUGGCCAGGGAGCCUUCGGCAACAUGUGCCGUGGCGGACGGAUGUUCGCUCCCACCAAGGUCUGGCGCAAGUGGCACCGCCGCGUCAACGUCCAGCUCCGACGCGUCGCCGUCACCUCCGCCCUCGCCGCCACCGCCGUCCCGGCCCUCGUCCUCGCCCGCGGCCACCGCAUCGAGACCGUCCCAGAGAUGCCCCUUGUCAUUUCUGACUCGGCCGAGUCCAUCGAGAAGACCUCCCAGGCCAUCAAGAUCCUCAAGCAGAUCGGCGCCUACGCUGAUGCCGAGAAGGCCAAGGACUCCGUCGGCAUCCGCGCUGGCAAGGGUAAGAUGCGCAACCGCCGCUACAUCAACCGCAAGGGCCCCCUCAUCGUCUACGGCACCGAGGGAUCCAAGAUCGUCAAGGCCUUCCGCAACCUGCCCGGUGUCGAUGUCGCCAACGUUGACCGCCUCAACCUGCUCGACCUGGCCCCCGGCGGCCACCUUGGGCGGUUCGUGAUCUGGACCGAGAGUGCAUUCAAGAAGUUGGAGGAGGUGUAUGGCACAUUUGAUGUGCCUUCACUAAAGAAGAAGGGCUUUGUUCUGCCGAGGUCCAAGAUGUCCAACGCUGACCUUGGCAGGAUCAUCAACUCUGAUGAGGUGCAGUCUGUUGUGAAGCCAAUCAACAAGGAGAUCAAGCUUAGGGAGAAGAGGAGGAACCCGCUCAAGAAUGCUGCAGCUGUGCUCAAGCUCAACCCCUACUUUGGCACUGCCCGCAGGAUGGCUACACUUGCCGAGGCUGCUCGCGUCAAGGCAAGGAAGGAGAAGAUUGCUUCCAAGAGGACCAAGCUUAGCCCGGAGGAGGCUGCUAAGAUCAAGGCUGCUGGCAAGGCGUGGUACAAGACCAUGAUCUCAGACAGUGACUACACCGAGUUCGAUGUCUUCUCAAAAUGGCUUGGUGUGUCGCAGUAAGAAUGUUGUGGUUCAAGUUUUGGGUAGUUGUUCUGUCACCAAGAGCUCAUGGAAAGGAUUCCUCGUUUCUCUUUUAUCCUACUAUCACCAUAAGUUUUCUGUGGGAUUUUGAGACUUGUGCUAUGUCCGUUUUGUUGAUGAUGUGUUAUCGUGAGAACAUAGAAUAUGAUGUGGUUCAGACUAGUUAUCUAAAUCAUGUUUGCACUUCCA